AAUAUCGACAGCUUCUGCGCAAUUGUUACGUUUAGUGGCGCGUUCCGCCGCCAUUUUUAAAAUUGUUUACUUUGCGCCUGCUCUCUCUUCUUGCAGCCGUUCUUCUUCUCUGGAUUUUGAUCGGUGUCGGCUCAACAGUUGUGAAAUACUUAUAUUUGUUAGAUCGUUAUUACUUUGCUUGGUUUAAGUGAGUGUUUUAAGUGUUUGUGAGUCAGCAUGCCACACUGCGCCGUUUCAAAGUGUUUCAACAACUCUAGGAAUAGGACUCAUAUUCUUUUCAUUCCCCAAAAUCAGUAACUUGAAAUCAGAAUGGAUGCAUCAGCAUAGGUGCGCCAGAAAGGACAAAAUCAAUGUCAAACUCAAGACUGCCCGAGUGCGUGGGAAACAUUUUUUGGAUGAUGACCUGGAUGAUUCCUUCAAAGUUCAGCGAUCUGUCAUGCCAUCAAAUGUGAAGUUGAAGCCCAAGCUGAAGGCUGGAGCAGUACCGUCCAUCAAAUUGCCGUCAUCAACCUUCAGGAGACAAGAGGUGACAUCUGCACAGCGAGAUGGGUGUUUGCAGCAGCGGUCCCUCAAGAAGCUGAGUGACGAGCUGACCACUGCAGGGUCUGGUCAAGAGCUGUCGAGGGACAGCGACGGCGGCAGUCCGACCGGCGAUCCUGGACCUGCUCCGGAACGGCCUGGAUCAGAUCCUGGACCUGAUUGUCCAGUGAUCGUCUUCGAGGAAACCACUCCUCUUGAGCAAGUAGUGCACCUGGAAGGGGAGGUGAAUGACAUGCAACAGCGCCUAUGGAAGCUCAGCAGGAAGUGUCGGAACGAGAAGAGGUCGCGCCUUCAGCGCCGCCUGCGUAUCGCCACCGAAAAAGGAUGACAGCUGGACCGUCUUCUAGAGUCCGGGGUUCUGUCCCGUGGUCAAGUGCGCCAGGCGGCGACAGGGCGCCGGAUCCGCUGGUCUCCUGGAAACGUG